UUCUUCCUUGGAAUCUUCUCAAAAUUCUUCUAUAGCCACACAUACAUUUUUAUGCUUUAAUUGCACAGUUUUCACACGUAAAUAUCUUCGCCAAAACCUCGAAUCAUUCAGUGACGAACCUCAACAACCUAAGCGGCCUACAAAUUUUCUCAGCUUUUUCUUCUUGCAGGCUUGAACUGCAACUUAAAUUUUUCACCCACUUGUUCAUUCCACCUCAUGAAGCUGCAUUUUCCAAAAAAAAAAUUGUCAUUUGGAGUUCGCUCUGCAUCGAAUCAACUUCUCUAGUGGUCAGAGGUUGUGAAUCAGCUACGAUUCUAGCAGAAAGGUCUGCAUCUUUCUUCGAGAUACAAACAGAAUAUAUAUUACUCGUUAACACAUGUCUUAUGAUGAUUCUUAUAUAUCGAUGGAUGUAACGGAGCAGACACCGCAAGAGUCUUCAACUUCAUUAUGGAAGCAAAUCUCAACUAUCAAGGAAACUGCUUUAGAAGCAUUCAGAAGAAAACCAAUCUCACACUGGAUUCUUCUUGCUCUAAGCAGUGUAGCAAUGCUCGUAGCGUUCCCUGCUUCAUCUAUACUUUCCCGUGUUUAUUACAACAAUGGUGGGAAGAGCAAGUGGAUCAUUUCCUGGGUAUCGGUCGUUGGCUGGCCUAUUCCAGCUUUAUUAUUAUUUCCCAUGUAUUUUUUAUCUGGAAUCCGUCCUACCCCUCUGAAUUGGAAGCUCAUUAUUUCUUAUAUUGUGUUGGGCUUCUUGAGUGCAACUGAUAACCUCAUGUAUGCAUAUGCUUAUGCAUACCUCCCUGCUUCUACCGCUUCACUUUUGGCAUCGUCAUCCCUCGUGUUCUCUGUAUUAUUCGGUUGCCUUCUUGCCAAGAACCAACUGAAUGCUUCGAUACUGAAUGCUGUCUUCAUUAUCACUGCUGCAGUUGUGAUGAUCGGUUUGGAUUCAAAUUCAGAUAGAUAUGGAGGCAUAACCGAUCGACAAUACAUAUUGGGCUUCGUAUGGGAUAUACUAGGCUCUGCUCUCCAUGGACUCAUCUUCGCUCUAUCGGAGCUAGUUUUCAUUAAGUUACUCGAUAGAAAGUCAUUCCAUGUUGUGUUGGAACAACAAGUAAUGGUUUCGCUUUUGGCCUUCUUGUUUACCACUCUCGGCGUCCUUCUAAAUAAUGAUUUCCAAAACAUGAAAUCAGAGGCAGUAAGUUUCAUUGGUGGUACCUCAUCUUAUUUGCUCGUACUUAUUUGGAGUGCAAUUUCUUUCCAGUUAGGAGUGUUGGGAGGAACUGCAGUUCUGUUUUUAUCUUCAACCAUUCUUGCCGGAGUUUUAAAUGCUGUUCGGGUGCCUAUUACGAGCAUUGGUGCUGUCAUAUUCUUAAAAGAUCCUAUGAGUGGCUUCAAGAUCCUCUCUUUAGUUAUCACUUUUUGGGGAUUCAGCUCCUAUAUUUAUGGAAGUUCCUCUAUAAGUAAGUCAUCCUAAUGUCAUGAUGUUCUUUAGUUUUUCGACUCUAUUUUCUUUAGUGUCAUGGAUAGGUAACCGAGGAUGUUCGAGUCUAAAGGAAAAUGUAACAUCCUUCUAUGCUUUGCUUUGCAGAGUAGGAUCUCUUGUAUUGUAUUUUAUAUCAUAAGCUUAUUUUGGUGAAUCCCUUAUCAAAAUUGUGUUGAAAUUUUCAUAUGGGGCUGUUUCUACCUCAAUGAGUGUUGCAUUUGACUUGUCA